UCUGUACAAGGAGGCCAUGAUGGAGGAGCACCAGCCUCUUAUAUCACAAGAGAAUCCCAAUAAACAUUUUAAGGAAAACUUCAUGUUAUCACAAAACUCUAACAUAGAAGAUGAAGAUAUGCAGCUUUGUUCAGAAGAAGACUUACAUUCAGGACUUCACAGUACAAAUCUCUCAUAUGAGUCCUCUAAAUGUGCAGAACCUUUUCUUGACCAAUCACAAAUUGUUACCACAAGUACAGUUCAGAAUGUGGGUAAAACAUUUAACGGUGGAAAAAAGUUUAGAAAAAGAUCAUGUCUUCCAACACACAGAAUAAUUUACACAGGUGAGAAGCCAUAUUCAUAUUCAGAAUGUGGAAAAUGUUUUGAAAAUAAAUCAAGUCUUGAUGCACAUGUACGAAUUCACACAGGGGAGAGGCCAUAUUCCUGUUCAGAAUGUGGAAACUGUUUUACACAGAAAUCAUAUCUUGUUGCACAUGAGAUAACUCACACAGUAGAGAAGCCGUAUUCAUGUUCAGAAUAUGAGGAAAGCUUUACAAGAAAAUCAAGCCUUGUUAGACAUGAGAGAAUUCACACAAAGGAGAAGUUGUAUACAUGUUUAGAAUGUGGGAAAUGUUUUACACAGAAAUCAACACUUGUUGCACAUGAGAGAAUUCACACAGGAGAGAAACCAUAUUCAUGUUCAGAAUGUGGGAAAUGUUUUAUAAAUAAAUCACAUCUCGUUAUGCAUGAUAGAAUUCACACAGGAGAGAAGCCAUAUUCAUGUUCAGAAUGUGGCAAAUGUUUUAGACAAAAAUCCCAUCUUAAUACACAUAAGAGAAGUCACACAGGCGAGAAUCCAUAUUCAUGUUCAGAAUGUGGGAAAUGUUUUGCAAAUAAAUCAAGAGUUGUUAAACAUGAGAAAAUUCACACAGGAGAAAAACCAUAUUCAUGUUCAGAAUGUGGAAAAUGUUUUACAGAUAGAGCAAAUCUCAUUACACAUGUGAGAAUUCACACAGGAGAGAAACCAUAUUCAUGUUCAGAAUGUGGAAAAUGUUUUAAAAAAAGAUCCAUUCUUGAUAGACAUGAGAGAUGUCACAGAGAAGAGAAACCAUAUUCAUGUUCAGAAUGUGGCAAAUGUUUUAAACAAAGAUCCAUUCUUGAUAGACAUGAGAGAAGUCACACAGGAGAAAAACCAUAUUCAUGUUCAGAAUGUGGAAAGUCUUUUGCACAGAAAUCAGUACUUGUUGAACAUGGGAGAAUUCACACAGGAGAGAAACCAUAUUCAUGUUCAGAAUGUGGUAAAAGUUUUACACGUAAAUCAAAUCUUGUUCAACAUAUGAAAAUUCACACAGGAGAGGUGUAAUGUUUAGGGCUACAUGGCAAUAUAUGUCACAUGACUGGAAGCCUCAAAAUAGUUGUGCAGCUUGCAGUAGAAAAUUUAAGUCAAUAUAUUUCACCUAUAUUUAUGAAAAAAUUAAAAACUUGGCAAAAAUUUAGAAAAUUUGCAAUUUUCAACAUUUCUAUUUCUUUGUUUUCAAAACAGAUAGUGAUACCUCAUAAAAUAUUUAUUGCUUAACAUUCCUCAUAUGUCUACAUUUAUGUUGCUAUUAUUUUGAAGAUGCCAUUUUAUAUUUUAGGAUGUAAGAAAGCGUAGAAUUAUAGAAGUAAUUCUAAAAAUUUUAAAGAAAAUUUC